AGAUGCAGCUAUCAAACGGUGUUUGGUUGUUAAUACUACUGAUGAUUGCUGAUGGGUUGAUUGUUCACGGUCCCUCUGGUCCUCUGGUUGCUCCUCUGGGAUCUUCAGUGGUUUUGCCCUGUUAUGUUAAUGAACUUUUACUAAUGGAGGGCCUGGAGGUUGAAUGGAGAAAAACAGGCUCAGGGAUUCUGGUUCAUCUGUAUCAAGAUGGUGAGAGUCGAGCAGAGUCCCAGCAUCAGGAAUAUCAUGAUAGAGCUCAUUUCUUUACUGAUCAGAUUCAACAUGGAAACUUCUCCCUCCAUCUGGACAAUCUGAGAGCUGAAGAUCAGGGACGAUACACAUGUAGAGUUCAUAAUCAGCGAGAUUCUGGUGAGACUGUGGUUCAAAUAAAAGAUGUUGAGCGUUUGCUAGUAUCAGGAUCGAGUCGCUCCAUAUCUGCGUCUGUGGGUGAGGACGUCACUCUGAACUGCUCUGUAGACUCUCACAUCACACCUGAACACACUGAAGAAGUUUCAUGGAGGAAAACAGAUGAAGAUGAAGAUUUUCUGGUUCUGCUCUACCAAAACAAUGAGACUUUCUCAGAUUCAUCAGAUGAGCGAUACAGAGACAGAGUCGAGUUCUUCACUGCUGAAAUCCCCAAAGGAAACUUCUCUCUCAGACUAAAGAGUGUCAGAACUGAAGAUAAAGGAGUUUACAUGUGUCAAGUGUUUGCUGGAGGACUUUCAGCCAAUGCAACUGCACGUCUGGAACUGGGUUUCUCUACUUUACACAUAAUAAUGUUGAUUCUCUGUGUUUCUGCAUCUGGAUCUGCACUUCUGCUCUGCUGUUUGAUCUACUGCAGAUCACAUAAUAAUGGUUUCACUACAAAGCAUUCUGGUAACAUGUUUGUCCCGUUGGGAGGUUCAGUGGUUCUUCCUUGUCAUUUUGACAAACGCUUAUUAAAGACAAGUCUGAAGGUGGAAUGGAGAAGACCAGACUCAAAAACUCUGAUUCAUCUGUAUCAAGAUGGUGCAGAGUACCAGCAGCAGGAUUAUCAUGAUAGAGCUCAUUUCUUUACUGAUCAGAUUCAACAUGGAAACUUCUCCCUUCGCCUGGACAAUCUGACAGCUGAAGAUGAGGGACGAUACACAUGUAAAGUUUACAGUGACCAGGACUGUGUGUAUUCAGCUGAGACAAAUUUAUUACUGAGAUGUGCUGUUGGAGAACUGAAUCCCAAGAUUGCUCCUCUGGGAUCUUCAGUGGUUCUGUCUUGUUAUGGUGACAAACGUUUAUUUAAUGAAGGUCUGAAGGUGGAAUGGAGAAGAACAGACUCAGGGACUCUGGUUCAUCUGUAUCAAGAUGGUGAGAGUCGACCAGAGUCCCAGCAGCAGGAUUAUCAUGAUAGAGCUCAUUUCUUUACUGAUCAGAUUCAUCAUGGAAACUUCUCCCUCCGUCUGGACAAUCUGACAGCUGAAGAUCUUGGGCAAUAUACUUGUAGAGUUUAUAGUGACCAGGACUGUGUGUAUUCAGACAUCACAAAAGUGGUACCAAGGUUUGUUGUUGAACAUUCUAGCCACAGAGUUGUUCCUCAGGGAUCUUCAGUGGUUUUGCCCUGUUAUGUUGAUGGGCUCUUACUAAAGGAGAGUCUGAAGGUUGAAUGGAGAAGAACAGGGGCUCUGGUUCAUCUGUAUCAAGAUGGUGAGAGUCAACCAGAGAAACAGCAGCAAGAUUAUCGUGAUAGAGCUCAUUUCUUUACUGAUCAGAUUCAACAUGGAAACUUCUCCCUCCGUCUGGACAAUCUGACAGCUGAAGAUGAGGGACAAUACACAUGUACAAUUUACAGUCAGCAGAAAUCUGUGUUUUCAGCCGAGACACAUUUGGUCCUGAAACUACUAGUCUUUGAUGCACAUUCACAAAAGUACCACAACACAUGUCUGUGCAUUCUUCCGUUUGCAAACAAGGCACAGGGGAUUUGGGUUCUGCGUCAGCAGCAUCGCAUGCAUGUGUCAUGUGUUGGCUAG